ACCAAAUUCCUGCUCCUCCAUCGAUUUGUCUACAUAAGUACGAACGCUCUGAUUAAUUAAGCUACCACACACUGAACGACAUGGAAGGCUCGACGGCGCCGGAGGCGAAGGCGAAGGCCGCGGUCCUGAGAGUCGCGGCGAUCUCCGGCUCGCUGCGCAGGGGCUCCGCCAACACCGGCCUCAUCCGCGCCGCCAAGGAGAUAUGCGAGGAAUCCAUCCCGGGGAUGGUCAUCGACCACGUCGACAUCUCCGGCUUGCCGCUGCUGAACACCGACCUCGAGGUCGACGGCGGGUUCCCGCCGGCCGUCGAGGCGUUCCGCGCCAAGGUCCGCGCGGCUGACUGCUUCCUCUUCGCCAAUCCAGAGUACAAUUACUCCAUCUCAGGUCCUCUGAAAAACGCUCUGGACUGGGGAUCAAGGCCGCCGAACUGCUGGGCUGACAGAGCCGCCGCCAUCCUGAGCGCCUCAGGGGGCUCCGGCGGCAGCCGGUCGCAGUACCAUAUCAGGCAAGUCGGGGUUUUCUUGGACAUCCAUUUCAUCAACAAGCCCGAAUUGUUCAUCAGAGCACAUCAACCCCCUAAAAAGUUUGACAGCGAUGGCAAUUUGAUUGACCCGGAGAUUAGAGAAGAGCUCAAGAAUGUCCUGCUGUCUUUGCAAGCUUUCGCCCUGAGGCUCCAGUGCAAAGCUUCAGCCUCUGAACAUGCAGCUAUGAGCAGUUCUUCAGAUAAAGGAGAUUAAUGGAACUCUGGAUUUUCAGACGAUCUUCCUCUUGUCACUGCACAAAUGUUUACCCGUAAUUUGAACGGUGGAUUGAAUAAAUCUUUGCUUUUGUACAAUGUAGUUGCAUCUCGGUGGAAAUACCAAACAACACAACAUUUUUUUUUUCGGUUCAUAGAAUGCAUUAGUCAUCAUGCUUUGUAGUACUAUAUACUUUUAGUUGAGAUCGAAGCCUUGCAAUUGUUGAUUUAACUUUGUCAUGAAUUUGUGUCAUCGCUUAGCGAUUGCUAGCACUACUAGUUCUGAAACUCUGAAAGGGUGGUUCAAAUUAACUAUACGUAGCUAUAAACAUAACCAUAUGUAUUUCGGAUAACUGUACCAGCAGGCGCCUGAGUGCUUUGCUGAUUGCCCUGUUCUGU